AAUUCUUGGACAUGUUAAAUUUGCUUACAAGCCAUGUCCUAUAAAAAGGCACCCGUCAGGUGGUGACAAAUUGAGUAGCAUGAUCUCUCAGUUGAGCCCAGAUUAUCAGCUAUGGACUCCACAGAGCUUUCAAUUUUUAGUAGGGAUCAAAUGGGCUCCGAACUGAUGUUAAGGAGUGAAUGGAUGGAAUUCAUGUGUUUUUUAGUGCUGAGGCCUUUCCAGUUGUUCUGCCAUCUCUAACAAUACUCUCUUCAGAUAUGUUCCGAGGGCAAUUUGAUUCACCAAUGAAACUGGCUGUGUUUAAUAGGUUGGUGGAUAUUUAGGAACCCGCGGACCGAGGAUCGAUCGACAAUGUCAUUCAGGGACGUUGCAGCGAGAUCUUUGAGUUUUCAAGAUGCUUAAUCAAGCCAUCAAAAGUGGCAUUGCCCACCAACACCAGGCCAGAAGUGAAAUGCCUCAUACGAUUUAACGUUGGUUGCUUUACCCGUCUAGUCUCAGUCUCAGUCUAAAUAAAUAGACCUCGUAUUGAAUCGGAACCGGGGGUCUCGGCAUGCUCCAAGUGCAACAUCUACCACACCCACGCGGCCAUUGGUCAAAGCCGCGUCACGAGCUUCAUUCCCUUCUCCCUUUGGGGACAGAGUCCGCGUCAUGUCCUUUUUAGCUGUUGAGGCUCAGUUGCUUCCAUUCUUCCUUAGACAUCACAUAACUAUUCGUGUGUCCCAAUUUUUGUUUGCUUGUCAAAAUCUCACACAACCUUAAUAAAGUUGACUGACUAUAAGUUGAACUAACUGAGCUGGGCCGAAGCUGAACGAAGGCUGACCUGACGGCGUAACCACCCUCGCAACAAUCUGGCGCAUUUAAACAACACUUGUCCUUUGCGAUUGACUCACAAUUUAUCCCUCUUUCAUUGGAUUCGAAGAGCAACAAAAGGCAGAAGCCUGGCAUGAUCUCGAGUCCGACAUACCAUCUCAUCCAACUCUCAACAUUGCAAAACUAAACAAUUCACUACGAAACUCAACACCCUCCCAAAAAGAGAUAAAAUCUCAACCGAACAGCAUAAAAUGUGUACCAAGACGUUAAUCGAGCACAAGUGCGGACAUCGUGUUCUGCGUGGCAACACAAGAUGUUACAGAGAGGAUUGUCCAGGAAGAAAAGAAGAUAUCACCAAAGUUGACGACGAAUGCGCGCAGUGUGAAAACAAGCCCGGUCGAUUCAAGUCCUCUCGAUGGUGCUCUGUUGGCUGCUGCGUUUGCCAAUGAAGGGAGGGAGGAUCGAGAGAAAAUCGUUGGAUAAUUCGGAACAACACGGGUUUGAAUUUGGAGCCUGGAGUAUGGAGAGGCUAUCUUCUUGGAAAACCAGUUACUUGGAGUUUAUGGUGCUUUUGGAUUUACUCUUGACGACCCGGGAAAUUCUAUAUCUUGCAUUAUGAUGGUAUUCUAGCAUGUUUCUGUGAGGUCGUUCAUGCAGUCAUGUCCUUAGAAGGACGUGAGUGGACGACAGAUUGCACAGGAUCUGAGACAUUAGGCUCAAUUGACAUUUCUUAAACAAAUAUUUUAAUUGAAUACUGGCACAGGUCAUGCAAGUAACAGAUAUUACGAGACCGACGUCCACUUAUUCUCGAUUGCAGAUUUCAAAGAGCUACUGUCACAACUGACAAGUGGACUUGAAGAGACGGGAUGGAACUGAACUGGAUUGGAUGGCUGUCAAUUAAGAAUUGCCCUGGGCUUGAGAUGGGCAGCACAUGGCGGAUGUGCAGUCAAGCCCCGCCGUUGACGGCUUGAGAGCCCGGGUAUUUGAGUGAGCGACAGGGGUACAGGGGCACAGUUUACAGGGUCUGUCAGUUCUCCAGAUUCCAAGUCGAGAGUCUAGAGCUCACGAGGGCUCUACCUACAGGCAGACUCAGUGAAAGGCUGUCAAUCCUUUGCUCUAGCGGUUCAUCGGCCCAACGCCAACCCCCAAACCCCCUCCAGCAUGGAUUGAACCCCAGGGAUAUUCGUCGAUUAAACAAGGAAAGGUCCAUCUGAUCCACCGUUAAAGAUUGGUUCUCUCACCCUGUUCGUGGCAUGUCCUUACUCGGCGUCAUGUCCGUCGCCAACUAAGUCAAGGUACGUACAUACUUUGCCAUGAGGUCGGGGCACCUCCACUUUCAAGCUUCCCCAUCCCGCAUUCCGCAAUCAUCACGACCGACCAUCUUCCACUACCACUACGCACAGCAUUAAGACAGCCCCAACUUAGGCACUCAAUUCAGACCACAGACUACCUAAUACUACUUCUUUCCACUUCUCCCCGUGGUCGCGUCUUUCUGCGCCUUCCCGUCGCUUGUGCUACCUGUCUUCCCGUUGCUUGCGCAUGCUUCAGUAAGCUAAGUACUUAGCUAUUCAAGUCAUGGCUAAGAAGGCACGCCAGAGAAUCAGUUAUGGUGAGACUUCAUCCCCAACCGCUCUGAACGCCCCAACAACCCCGCUUGUUGAACAAUGCUCUCUUGCAUGCGCUCAGCUUCGGAUCAGUUGCUGACACAGGUAUAGUCCUCGAAAAUGCCAAAUCAUCUGAAGGCGGUCAUCGUCUAGGUGUCAAUGGCCUCGCCGUCGACAACGACAAUGCGAUUCUAUACUCAGGUGGCCGAGAUGGCAUAGUAUGCGCUUGGGAUCUGAACCUCGACCUCAAAAGCCGCAGCGAUGUUACCGACCCGACGCCUGCCAAUUCCGAAGACAAGAAGCCGAAGCACACGACCAAGUUCCGCGCUCAGACCCAUGCCCAUAUGCACUGGAUCAACGACAUUGCCCUCGCUCAAAACAAUACUGCCCUCGUAUCUGGCUCAUCUGACCUUACAGUAAAGGUUUGGCGACCGUAUUCCGAAGAGGACAAAAACCGCACCGAGACGAUAGGCGAACAUGCUGAUUAUGUCAAAUGUGUUACAACCCCGCCCCCAGAUAUGGGCGCAAACUGGGUCGCAUCUGGUGGUCUAGACCGCAAAAUAUGCUUAUGGGAUCUCAAUGGCGCUGGAAAAACACUCGAGAUUGACGUACAGGGUGAAGAAAUUGCUGAGAAAGGUUCUGUUUAUGCCCUUCGUGUGGGGAGAAAUAUCAUGGCGAGUGGUGGUCCCGAGAAGACGGUGCGCUUGUACGAUCCCCGAACUGGUGAUAAGGUUUCAAAGCUCGUUGGUCAUGUCGACAAUAUCCGUGCUAUUCUUAUAGACGAUGCUGGCGACACGAUUUUGAGUGCCAGUGCCGACAAAACGGUCAAAAUGUGGAGCAUCAAGAACGGUCGAUGCAUGUAUACAUUCUCCAUGCACGAUGAGAGUGUUUGGUCACUGUUCUCAGAUGAUCCGAGCCUGGGUGUAUUCUACAGCUCUGAUCGCUCGGGUUUGGUCGCCAAAACAGAUGUGCGCGGUAGCCUUGAGGAUAUGGACGAUGGCCUGAGUCUUGCUGUGGCGCAUGAGCAUAUAGGAGUGGGGAAGGUUGUCGCAGCUGGAGGUCACAUCUGGACAGCAACGAAUAGGUCAUCAAUUAAUCGAUGGGAGGACGUUGACACGGGCACCAACAUCCAGCUUCCGGAGUCUGUUCGACACCACAGAGCUACAUCGAAUGCUUCUAGCAGACCCCGCGAGACUUCUCCGGCUACUACUAACGGAACUGCAAAGAAGGAGAUCCCAGCUGAGUCCAUCUUGCGUAUCUCUGCAGCUGCUUCCUUCCCUGCGCGAUCUGGUCCAGAUCCCGAUUCUGCCACUAUCACGGAUGCUACAGCACGGAAGGGGUCCGAAGCCAUUAUAGACUCUUCAGAGCCCGAAAUCAAACCCAUCCAUGCAGUGGCUGAGGAAACGAUUGAGGGACAAUUCGGAUUGCUCAAGCAUAGGCUACUCAACGAUAGGAGGCGUGUGUUGACGUCAGACACCGCUGGCGACGUAUUACUAUGGGAUUUGAUCCAGUGUAAACCCAUUAAAAGUUUUGGCAAACAGCAUUUGGAGGAUGUGGAGCAUCUCGUCAACACUGUUGAGGCCGUGGCUCCUUGGUGCUCUAUCGAUCUCAGCUCAGGAAAUCUUACUGUGGUUCUAGAGCCUUUUAAUUGUUUCGAUGCUGAAGUAUAUGCAGACGAGCUAGAUUUGCCAGAUAACAUAGAAUUUCGAGAGGACCAGAGAAUCAGCCUUGGAAAAUGGAUCCUUAGGUAUCUCUUUGCCGAUCUCAUUGAUGAAGAGAUCAGAAGAGAUGAGGCACAUCGUCAGAAACUCAAUGAGGGUCUUGAGGCGAGGCAGAUUGCCAGUGGAGGAACUACUGAAGCUGCUCCAUUAUCGAUAUCAUUACCAAAGUCAGCCAUCCCAGACUGGGAUAACGCAGACCAGGUUACUCCAAAGCCCAAUCUCUAUCCCAAUACUCCAGGUCUAGGCAUUGGUUUGGCAACACCUGGUCCAAGCAUUAUGUCAGGUCCAAACAGCUUGCCUGAUGUUCCUGAAAAUGCGGCCACAAGUCCAAUGACUCCUAUAGAAAAGAGAACCUCGCAUGUCAGCCGCCCUUCAACGGAGAAGGAAGACUACUUCACAAGCCCCCUACAACUGCUCGAAUCCGCAGUCAAGGCAGCAAGCAUGGUGUCAACCCCAACGCAGAACGAGGCGGACUCCAAGAAGUCUAUAGAUGGUGACAAAGAGAAGGAUAAAGAUAAGGACAAGGCGGACAGUGCAAAGUCCCCAAGCACACCAUUUGGCAAGAAGAAGUUUAGGAUGACUUUUGGCACCAAGAAGCUUUCAAGGUCAGCAUCUCAGGCCACCACAGAGAAGCCUGCGAUUGUGGAGGAAAAGACAGAAGAGUCCGAGUCUUCAUCUGUUCAUGAAAAGGAGAAGGAGGUUGAUGACAGUUUCUUUGGUACGAUUCAGAAGAUCCACCAGGAAUACGAGCGGCAACUAGCCGACAACCCUGACAAGCCGGUCGAGUCACGAGUGGUACCCAGUUUGCCUAGUGAUACACCCGUCCUGAAGCUCCCGCCAGGAACUAAGGUGGUUAUUCAAGAAGAGACCACAGGUGGCAGCGCCAACUUGUACCAGGGCACCGUCCAGGACGUUGGCAAGGAUGCAGAUCUUAUCGAACAGAAGGCUCCCAUGUGGCUGGGUGAUGUUCUUCUUCAAAACACACUCCCCUUCAAAGAACCUGUAAAGGUUUCGUUUGUCUUGUAUCCGAUGGACGACACUCUCCCAGCUAUUGCUUCAGCCGAUGGAAACAACAGGCUCAAUGCCAACCGCAUGCUUCGAGUCAAAAAGAUCCUCUCAUAUGUUGCAGAAAGGAUUGAGCCUCCACUUGAGGAGCCCGAGGAGAGCCCUAUGAAGCCAGAGGAGUAUUUAGAACUGUACUGCAACGAACAGUUACUUUCCCCAGCUACGACACUGGCCACUCUCCGGACUCAUCUGUGGAAGGGGGGUAAUGAUAUUGUCCUUCAUUACAAGGCCAAUGGCAAAAAGGAGAUUCGACCAUUCCCUCCGCCUCCAGAGCCUAAGCCUGCUGAGCCCGAAGAAACUCAAGACGGCGCUGCAGCUGAAGAGGCAAAUACUAAUGGUCAAGUUCCUACUCAGCCUCAAGCCCAAGCCCAAGCCAGCUGAGUUAAGACAACUCCCGGUUUACACGUUGAAUGAGAAGAUGAGAAGAUCCCGAGACUCUUCAAUCCGUUGUUUGUUGUCGUGUACCAGAAGGUGGACUUUUGUCACCAGCGAGUCCAUUUAUCGUAUGUAGAUUUGUACAUAGGUCAGAUGCCGUCAAGGCGUAUAUACCAUUUGUGAGAAGUUAAGCCUCUCUAUUUCUUUCGGAACGCCCGUCUCUUGACUCCUUGCUCCUUGCUCCACGUUUUACAUCGUACAAUUCCGCCCGUUUUGUUGAUUUCUUAUAUCGCUUCCCAUUAUCAUACAACGCCGUUCAUGGUGUUAAUAGCCCAUUGAUAGCUUCCCAGGAAAAUUGCGCCUCCAAUAGAAAUCCAUGUAACUCGUGGUGCUACACCAGCAAAGAAAGCUCUGCUGCCCUCCUCGCGCAAUAUCCGACCAAAUAUGUCCGAUACUGAAACACUCUCCUUCGAUAGCAUGACUCUCGUUUUGAGGACAUCAAGCGGCGUCGUCAGUGCCGCAGAUAAUCCACCAGCCAUGCUUCCAUAGAGAGCACUCUCAGCACCAGUGACCUCGCGACCACCACGGCGGCGUCGUCCCCAGGACUUCAUAGCCUCCCAUAGCGGGAACUGAAUCACAGUAAAUGGCACCUCGCGGAAGACGGUGAUUCCCCAACCGCGAUAGAGCUCUCUCCACAUAGGAACAAAUCCAUGGCUCGAGUACCGCGACAGGAUGGCCCGCAGGGCAGCAGCCGAGGAACCACCAUGAUGACCCGCCUGCGCACGCUGCUUGACAACCUCGGUCGGCACACGAACGGCGCAAGCUGCCACCUCACCCGCGCUAGCAGCUGCCAUAUGUGUAAGAGGAGCCUUCCAUCCUGGCGCAGAAGUAUUGUCCUUGUCAGCCAGGAAGCCCUUUACGCCCUCAUAUGUGCAGAAGAAGAACGCAGCACCUGGCGCAGAACCGACAAGCGCAGAACCUAUACCACGAUAAAUACCGCUGAAACCGCCGGAGGGAAAGAAACCGGCCGAGGACUGAAGACGGGUCUUGAGUGUGUCGAGAGGGAAGAGAGAGAGAUCGACGGUUGUACCAGCGAGGGCACCUGCGAGGAGGGCGGAUUGGAAGGUUGGAGGGUUUGCGGACAUGUUUUUGAAGGUGGGUAAGGGUCCUUGGUGUAUAGAUUGGUGGAGAGAACGUCCUAGGGAGAAUCAAUGGGCUGGACGAGGCCCGAGGAGGAAAAGAGAGAUAUUAGAAGCCUCGGAGGUUUAAACCGACCGAGACCGGCGAAAUAAUAGAAUGGAGGAGCUUGAACUUUGGGGCUUAUCGAUAAGGUGAGCUUAGAAGGGC